AUGAAGUGCAUCGUGGUGGCCACGGAUGGUGCCGAGGUCCUUUUCUACUGGACCGACAAGGAGUUUGAGGAGAGUCUGCGACUGCGGUUGGGGCAGUCUGAGCAUGGAGAAGAGCUGCCGGCCCUGGAGGAUCAGCUCAGCACCCUCCUGGCCCCGAUCAUCAUCUCCUCCAUGACUAUGCUGGAAAAGAUCUCCGACACCUACACCUGUUUCUCCACAGACAAGCACCUAUACGUCCUCCACCUGUUCGGAGAGUGCCUGUUCAUCGCCAUCAGUGGGGACCCUGCAGAGGACGAGGGGACCCUGCGCCACCAACUGUGUGUGCUCAAUUGCCUGUUCAAAGUGCACUUUGGCCUGGUGACCAGGGACAGCCAGCUCAUCAGGAAGGAGUUGCGGCCUCCAGACCUGGAGCAGCGCAUGCAGGUGUGGAGGCACUUCCAGAGCCUGCUGUGUACCUACUGCCGCCUAUGGGAGCAGGAGCAGGGCUUCGCUGUGGAGGCUGUGGAGCGGCUGGUCCAUCCACAGCUCUGUGAGCUGUGUAUCAAGGUGCUGGAGCGGCAUGUGGUGCAGGCUGUGAAUGCCAAGCCCGAGCGACAGCGCGCUGGGGAAGACGUGCUGCACGCCUUCCUGCUGGUGCACUCCAAGCUGCUGGCUCUUUACUCCAGCCAUAGCGCCCUGCGCCCCGCCGACCUGCUCACCCUCAUCCUAUUGGUGCAGGACCUGCAGGCCAGUGAGAGCAGCACUGAGGACGAUGGUGCCAAGCCCUCUCCAAAAUGGCUCCAGAGCAGCCAGAACAUCCCUGUGCGGCUGACAGAGGCUCCCAGGAAGAGUUCGACAGGGACCGAGACAGACAGCCUCUCACUGCCUGAGGAGUACUUUACACCCGCCACAUCUCCCGGCGAACACAGCUCAGGUAGCACCAUCUGGCUGGAAGGGAGCACCCCACCUCUUGAUGACCCCCCUGUUCAGAUCGCUGAGGACAUUCUCCAAACGCUGGUACCUGGCUCCGCAGCACCUGCCAGCCCCAGGAGGAUUUUCCUGGAUGCCUGCGUGAAGGAGAGCUACUGCCCCCUGGUGCCCCACACCAUGUACUGCCUGCCCCUGUGGCCGGGCAUCAACAUGGUGCUCCUGACCAAGGUCCCCAGCACGCAGCUGGCCCUGCACCAGCUGCUGGACAGGUUCACUGUGCUGGAGAUGAAGCUCAGGGAGGAACAGAAGAUGGGGAGCAGCCUACGCUCCCACCCCCUCCUGGGGGACCUGCGCCAGCGGAUGGACAAGUUUGUCAAGGUCCGAGGCCGCCAAGAGAUUCAGAGUGCCUGGGCGGAAUUUAAGGCCAAGAUUUUUUCCAAGAAUGAGCCUGGCGCCUCCUCUGAGCUGCUCCAGGCAUGUGGGAAGGUGAAGCGCCAACUCUGCUCCCUAUAUCGCCUCAACUUCCUGGGCCAGGCCCCAAGCAAUGGGGGGCCCCAGCUGCCUCAGCACCUGCAGGACCAACUCCAGAUGCUCAUGCAAGAGAAGCUAAUGGACUGGAAGGACUUCCUGUUGGUAAAGAGCAAGAGGAAUGUCACCAUGGUGUCCUACCUGGAGGACUUCCCAGGCCUGGUGCAUUUCAUCUACAUAGACCGCUCAACUGGCCAGAUGGUGGCCCCCUCCCUCAAUAGCAGUGAGAAGACCUCCUCAGAGCUUGGCAGGGGGCCCCUGGCUGCUUUCCUCAAAGCUAAGGUGUGGUCCCUGAUCCGGCUGGCUCGCAGGCACCUGCAGAAGGGCCACACCACGCUGCUCUUCCGGGAUGGUGACUUCUACUGCUCCUACUUCUUAUGGUUUGAGAACGAGCAGGGCUUCAAACUACAGAUGAUGGAGAUGCCAGUCCUCUCUGACAACUCAGCCCCCAUAGGCGUGCUGGGGGGAGACUACUACAGGGAGCGCCUGCGUGACUACAGCAAGUCCCACCCGGCCGAGGUAGUCAGGUGCCGGGAGCUGCUGACCCUGCACCUGUCGGUGGUGCCACAGGAGGUGCUGGUGCAGCAGGCCAGGGAGCUGGCACAGCGAUUGUGGGAGACGACCCAUGUGCACGUGAUCUAGAGGCUAGUGGCACCUCCUGGUCAUGCUCCAGCCCACCCUGCCUGUCAAGGCUUUCUCCCUCACAGCACAGGCCCCCAGUUGCCCUUCAG